AUGAGUAAAGAAUCAGUGAAAAAUCAAGUGAUAACCCACGAAUUUUUAUUAACCCUUGAAGACAAUUAUCACGAAUGGCUAAAGUCAAGUCAUGUAAAAUUGAUAGACGUGGAUUCUUGUGGAGAGUUUUACAUCUCAGUAAGACUGAACAAAUUGAGUAGUUUGGACGUAAAAGUAUCAAAGACUGUUGAAAAAUCAGCGAUGGCAAUUAUCGAGUUGCGAACAAACGGAAUGAAUUGGCACGUGAAGGAUGUACCUGACUGGAAGGAUUCCUGUAACUUCGACGUUGAUUUUCCGUACUACUAUCUUCAAUACUCAAACAAUGAUUGUGAUGACAGUUUCAAAUUUUACCUGAGUAUCAAGUGCAAGAUCACGUGGUUUGGAUUUAAAGAUGACCUGGUGUUUUCAAACUUGUACCAAAACAUGAAGCAGUUUCUUCUCAGCAUCGAGUGCAGUGACGUUAUUAUUAUAGUGAAAAAUCGGGAAUUUCCAACUCACAAGAAUAUUUUGGCAUCUCAGAGCCCGGUGCUGAAGUCAAUGCUUACAACUACUGAUACUAAGUACAAAAAAAAGCUUCUUCGCUUAAGAAAAAUUGAAAUUGACGUUGCAGAGGAGUUGUUUCUGUUUUUGUACACUGGAAAAGUCAACAAAGCUAAUCAUGAUUAUGAUCUGGCUGCGAAACUUCUUGUAGUCGCGAAAAAUUAUCAAAUAAUUCAGCUGAUUAAUUUGUGCGGAUUAAUACUCAGUAAUAAUAUUACAAAAGAAAAUGCGUUGCAAUUAUUGAAAUUAUCUGAAGGACAGAAAACAGAUAAUGUGUUCAUCUUGCAGGAAAGAGCGGCUGCGUUUAUUUGGAAUAACCGCAGGGAAGUUCUCACACUGGCUAAUUUCAAAGAUUCUUCCAAAUUUUCGCCUGAGUCUUUGUUUAAGAUCAUCGAAAAAAUACCUGAUUAA